AUGAUUGUAGCUGUGGCAAGUUUGCCAAAUAACACCGAUACAUAUGUUAUCCUUAUUGCAUCCGGAAACUAUACAGAGCAGGUCAACGUCACUCGUCGUGGUCCAACAUAUUUGCUCGGCCAAACCGCAAAUCCUCAAAAUCAAUCUGCGAACACCGUCAAUAUCAUCUGGAAGGCGAUUGCUGGUACUGGGGAUAAUGCUUACACAUCCACUUUGACCGUUGCACCGAAUCUCAAUGCAUCAUUGACUGGAAGUGGAACGACUGGGUUUGCUGUCCCACCAGGAACACCGUUUGGAUGCACAGAUUUUAGAACAUACAAUCUGAAUUUCAUCAAUGAUUUUGUGCCAUACUCUGAUGGACCUUCCCUUGCAUUGAGCAUAAGUUACGCAAACGGUGGCUUCUACUACACCGGCUUCUAUAGCUACCAAGAUACCGUUUACGUAGGAAAACUAUCCAACUCCUACAUGUCUCAAUCUGUUGUCGCCGGUCAGACCGAUUUCUUCUACGGCUUCGGAACUCUUUGGGUCACUAACACACAAAUCUUCCUUCGAUCAUGUGGUGGAGGAAUUACUGCAUGGAAGGGAACCAACACGACUUUCGAGAACAAAUAUGGAGUAUAUAUUGUAGAUUCAACUGUGCAGAAAGCAAAUAGCAGCUUAAGCAUCAAAGGAAAAUGCCCACUUGGCAGACCUUGGAACGCACAAAUGCGAUCCAUCUUCGCCCGCACCUACCUCGAUGAUUCGAUUCUCCCCGCAGGUUAUAUCGAUUGGUCUCCUGCCCGCUACGAUGCCAAUAAUGGUAACUACAGCACCGUCCAAGCUGAAUACAAGAAUUACGGACCUGGAUACAACGCAACCGCAAGAGCUCUUUCGUUAUUUGAUGUCCAAUAUAAUGACAGCCAGUGGGCUCCUUACAGUAGUCCAGCGAAGGUUUUCCAGGAUCCUGAAGGAAAAUUUGGGGAUUCUCAAUUCACCAUUGUUCAACAAUUUGCCGAUAACAACAACAAAAAUCUCAAAAUGGCUUCUCACAAUGAUGUUGCAGAUGAAACCCCCCCUCAAAUCAAUCCAUACGAAGUUCUUGGUAUUGAGAAAACUGCCUCUGAAGAUGAGAUCAAACGCGCAUAUCGCAAAAGCGCUUUGAAACACCAUCCAGAUAAAGCUCCAGAACAUCUCAAAUCUGAUUCGCACACCAAAUUCCAAGAAAUAGCUUUUGCAUAUGCUAUUCUCUCCAACCCAAACCGUCGCAAACGCUAUGAUCGUACUGGAUCUACCUCCGAGUCCGUUGAUGCUGAUGGAUUUUCCUGGACCGAGUUUUAUUCUGAGCAAUACAAAGACGUUGUUACUUCUGAUGCCAUCAAUCAAUUCGCCAAUGUUUACAAAGGUUCCGAUGAGGAGAAAGAUGAUUUGCUGGCUGCUUAUACCAAAUACGAAGGAAAAUGGGGAAAGAUGUAUCAAGUCAUUAUGCUAAGUGAUCCAGUUGAGGAUGAAGAACGAUUCCGCGAGAUCAUCGAGGAAGCAAUCAAAACCGGAGAAGUUGAGGAAUAUGCUGUCUUUAGGAAGGAAACUAAGGCUUCGAAGGAUAAAAGAAUGAAGAAGGCUAGAGCUGAGGAGAAAGAAGCCGCGAAGGCUGCGAAACAAAUGGGUGUUGAUAAAUUGUUGAAGGGAUCUAGUGGGGAUGUACCGGAACAAAGUAAGAAGCCAAAGAAAAAUGCCCCUGGUCACAUGGAUGACUUGGCGGCUAUCAUUCAGGCUAGACAGGCUUCAAGGGGUGGCUUUUUUGAUAAUUUAGAGGCAAAAUAUGGCGGAAGCAAGUCGGCAAAGGGCCCUGGUGAGCUGAGUGAAGAGGAGUUUCAAAGAAUUCGAAAGGGUUUAGGCAAGAGUAAAGAUAAAGCCAAGGGCAAGGGGAAGAGAAGAGCAGCUGACUCCGAGGAUGAAGUUGAGGAAGAUGAAAAACCGGCACCGAAGAAGAAGUCAUCAAGAGGCAAGAAGAGAGAACCCGAGGUAGAGCAAGAAGAUGAAGAUGAAGAUGAAGAUGUAGAAAUGAACGACGUUGGUGAUGAUUUUCAAGCUGAGGAAGCCGAGGAAGACGAGGAAGAGGUCGAGCCUGAGCCUAAGAAAUCAGCUUCUAAGAGAACAAAGAAGCAACCAACUCGGCAAUCCAAGCGCGGUAAAACUACUCGGGCAUGA